AUGCCAUAAACUCAACAAUUAUUGUAGAUGGUCUUGGUAUUUCUAAGGGAUCAAAAAUUAUACAAGAGUCUUCUGCAUUUGGAACUGGAGACACAAAUUUCGAUAGACAACUACACAAGAGAAUUAUCAUUUCUGAGAUAGCAAAUUUUGGAUGGCAAUUUUAUUGGGGCAGAACAAUAUCUCCAGCCAUUGAAAACCAGAUUGAAUGAUCAAUUUUCGUAUGUGUUGUUGGAAUUGAAGAAACAAUAAUAUUUUGAAUUGAUAAAUGCAAAACCAGAUGUAGAGAUACUUAUAACAUUAUUGCGACAAAUCGAAUAAUUGGCAUCGUCAGAAGUGUAUAAAAACCUUUGUUAUUUUUUGACGCUGUCUUGUAUCCGCGAUCAUCCAGACUUCGGCGAUUGGAGCAUUGAGAAGGGAAGACUAGAUUGCUUCGAAGGAAUUGCCUCAGUGCUUAAGAAUUUAGGUAAAACUUUUCGCAUAGAAAAAUACAAUGGCAUUACACUUCAACAAUUAUACGAAAAAGUCGAAGAAGAUGAAGAAAAUAACAAACAUUCCAAAUUUUACUCCAAAAAGAAAUCCCAAUUCCAAAUGCAAUAGUCUAGUUCCUCAUAAUUGCCUGUUGACUUCGACAAAAAUAUCAUCAUAGAGAAAUUGCACAUCUCAGACAUCAACGAAAAUGAUCAAUCAAUGAUAAGGAAGGAAAGUAUUUUGAACUCUACUCCACCUCACAGCAAUAGCAGUAUACAGUCACAACUCUUUAAUUAUAAAUUUGAUGAAAUGGAUUAAGUUGCCACAUUGUCAGACACUCAUCCCAUCAGAGCAGCUGCAUUUUCAUCAGAUGGUGAAAUGUUUGCAAUCGGAACCAAUUCCAAGAGUCUCAGGAUCUUUUCAAUGAAAUCUGUAUUGCAGGAAAGUCAAGUUGAAAUGUAGAUGGAAAAGUAAAACCAUCAUCAAGGAUCUAUCUAUUGUAUAGAUUGGAGUAGAUCAGGAAGAUUGAUAGGAACUGGAAGCAAUGAUAAAACUGUUAAAUUGUACAAUGUAGAAGAUGAAACAGAUUUCGUUUUGAUUGGUCACAGGGGUUUAGUAAGAUCAGUAUGCUUCAGUGAUGAGAAUCGAUUGAUGUCAGCUGGAUAGGAUGCUGUUAUCAAAAUAUGGGAUGUGGAAACUUAAAAAUGCAUUCGAAAUCUCGAAGGCCACACAUAAACAAUAUAUUGUCUCUAGACUGCAGGAGAUGGAUCCUAUCAAGUAUCGUGUGGUAUGGAUAGGACUUUGAGAAUCUGGGAUUAGAGAACUAGCAGGGCCUAAGGAGUAAUGACCAUGCAAACAGAAAUUAAUUAUGUUUCCCUGUCAGAAUCAACAACCAAUUAUAAUCUAUAAAAUUUAGUGAAGGGAUCCAAGAAGGCUCCUUAGUUCUCAUCUUAAGGAUUGGCAGUACUUGCUCAUUCUGAUGGCGUAGUUUCAGUUUGGAAUAUUCAACAUUAGAAGUGUGUAAAAACAUUGAAACAUCAUACUAUGGAUUGUAGAUGUGUUGAGUUUGAUCCAACAGGUAGAUAUAUCUGUAGUGUAUCAUUUGAUUCAACUAUUGCCCUUUAUGAUUGGGAACAACAGAAAUUAAUUACUUAAAUUACUGAUCACGAGGAUCGAGUAGUCUUAUGUAAAUGGCAUCCAUUCUAUCCUUUUAUUCUGAGCACAUCAGCAGAUUGUACUGGUAGAAUAUUUGCUCCUCAUGGUUUUUUAGUAUAAUUAAUGAAAUCUUUAUGA